GGAGCGGAAAACGUGUGUACUGCGGGAAGAGCAGCGUGUCUCGCAGGAAACACAAGAUUCAGGGAGGCAGAACACUCAACAUGGCUCGUGAUUUCAAACCUGGAGAUCUGAUCUUUGCCAAGAUGAAGGGCUAUCCCCACUGGCCUGCCAGGAUUGAUGAAGUCCCAGAUGGUGCUGUUAAACCAUCCAAUGUCAAGUUCCCCAUCUUCUUCUUUGGCACCCACGAAACUGCAUUCCUUGGUCCAAAAGACAUCUUUCCUUACCUGCCCAACAAAGAGAAAUAUGCCAAACCCAACAAGAGGAAGGGUUUCAAUGAAGGGCUUUGGGAAAUUGAGAACAACCCAAAGGUUGAACUAACUGCACCCAAGCCAAUCUCCACAGAGGUUUUGACUGAAAAGGAUUCGGACAGCAGCCCAGAAGGUGAAGAGGAUGUAGAAGAUAAGAGGAUAAAAUCCAAAGUUCCAGGAAGUGAGGCUGAACAUGACAAUGAGGAAGAGGAUGAAGGGUCUCUGGAGGUCACUGAACAGGGCUCUCAGAACCAGGAUGACUCUGCACAGAAGGAAUCUACAGAUGCUCCUAAAUCUAAAAGAGGGAGGAAGAAAAAGAGUGAUGCUGAACAGGACUCUGAUAAAGAGGAUACCCCACCCAGUCCUACUAGUCCUUCAGGUGGAGAGGGUCCCAAACGUCGAGGGAGGAGGCCCAAAACUGAGAAGAUGCUGUUACUCCAGCAGUUGGAACACCAAGGCUCUGGCAGUGAAAUGGACUCUGGUGAAUCUGAGAGGAAGAGAAAGAGGGCAGCAGAGGACAAAUCCAAGAGUGGAGAGGAGGAAAAGAGGAAGAAAGAUGAGAGCAAAGGAAAGGAUGCAGAUGGGAAGGAGCCAGAAGCCAAGAGGAAGAGACAGACUAAGGAUGACAGCUCCUCUGGAUCAGAGGAUGAGGAGAGAAGCAGGGGUCGGAAGAGGCCUCAAAACUCCAUGGAAACUGAAAAAGAUGUGCGAAGACGUAAGGCAGAAGAAUUUCGAGAACAAAACAAAGAAGAUGGCAAGAAAAGUGAAGAGAGGAAAGGAGAAAAGAAAAAAGAAAUCUCUACGGAAUCAAAACUCCAACGGUUGCACAGCGAAAUAAAAAUCUCACUGAAAAUUGACAACCCAGAUGUGAAGAAAGCAUUAGAAGCAUUAGAUGAGAUUGGGACCCUUCAGGUUACUACCCAGCACCUGCAAAAACACAGUGAGCUAAUUGCUACACUAAAAAAGAUCCGCAGAUUCAAAGCCAGCCAGGACAUCAUGGAUAAAGCCACGAUGCUAUACAACAAGUUCAAGAGUAUGUUUCUGGUUGGAGAAGGCGACUCAAUCAUCAGUCAGGUUCUCAACAAGUCUAUUGCAGAACAAAGGCAGUAUGAGGAGGCUAAGAAGGGUGCACUGAAGAAGGCUGAACAAGCCAGGGAACACAACUCAGACAAGACUACAAAUGGCGAUUUCAACCCUGAAGGUAGAAAGCAGGACACAGAUAGGGAGAAGUUUCCAGAGGAUGCCUCAAUGGAAGAAAAUGGAAGCAGUAAAGCUCCAGAAGCAUCUAGCUGAUUCUACUGCAUGCCUAAAGAAAAGUAACUUCUACAAACUGGGCUCAACAACUAGUUCUUGUUCAGUGGCAUUUUUAAGGGUGUUUUGACAGUUUGUCAGUGUUUAAUUCUGUUGCAUUGAAACCUUUGAGUGUAGCGCACGCGGUUUGAGUGUAGCUCUACUCCCUUUGGUUUAUGCGUACAUGCAUUUUCUUAUCUGUACACAUGGAGUAGUGAUACUAAAAUCUUGACAAGAUGUUUUAGCUGUCCAUAUCAUAGGUGUAGCAAACCGGCUUCAGAAAAAACUUGAAACUUUUUUAUGCUAUAAACCACUCAUUUUGGAUUUUAUCUCAGAUCAGUUGUAUAGCAUGAAGCCAAGAAAUGUCUCAGGAGAAUCUGAAGCAUCGUUUGUUCUCAGUAGUGAAGUAAACUGUAUUUGAUUGUAUACUGGCAACUCACAUGUUUAAAUGAGUCGUAGGGUACAUUUACUUCCUCUGAAAUAGAUUCUGACCAGUUUUAACCUGUAGAAGUAUUUUCAUUUCCGUUGCACAGAGAGGAAAUUUUACUUCAGUUUGCCAAAGUUUAUUUUUUCAAGUGCUUUAUUCAACUAUGUUUAAAUGUCCAUUUACGUGUUGUUUUUUUGAAAAAUGUAAAUAAGAGUAUUUUUUUGCCCGUCUGGA